CUUUGCUUUCAGCCUCCACUUCCUCCACUCUAGUCAGCGCGGAAUUUCGCGGAUUUUGUGCUUUGAAGUGUGGUUAAAACCCUUUGCGGUGGGUUGAAUGUGGGUGAAAUAUUGUCAAAUUAAAAUCUGUGGUCCAGAAAAUCUGCUUCCUGUGCGCCGUCAUCCCGCUGAGGCGGUAAACCUACCGAAGAAUGUAUGUCUCAAGAUCGUUCCUCCCUAAAGGGGGUAUAAUGUAGCUUCUGGUUGUGAAGCUGUGGGGGCUCGAGGGCUCUCUGACACUCUUUCAAACACUGACUGGAUAUGCGACCUUAAGGAACAAUGAGUUCCGUGACAGAAGAGACGCCAAGUCUCACAAAGGGGUGCCUCUACAGGAGCAGGCCUCAGGCUGAAAGGCGUAACACCCUAAGCAAGCAGGUGUCAUUCCCAGAAGAUGAUAGCAGAUUGGUCACAGGCUACAUGGAGGCUCCCAACCCUUGGGAGUAUGCUGACAAUUUUGACAGAAGUCAGAUCAUUACAUCGUAUUCCUCAUCCUGUGUUAAACAUGGGCAUCCACCAUCGGGCUCUGUUCUCAAGCAGCUUGAAGCCCUUGAGUUUAAUGGGGAUCGGUGUAGCUUACUGGAUUUAAAGGGUGAACUUCUGGACUCAGCUCGUGGGGAAAGUCUGGAAGAAAUUUUAAGAAGGAUUCAGUUUAUUUCUCUUAGCCUUGAGGACACAUCUCUUGAUGAUGAGGGAGCUGUGGCAAUAUUUGACAUGAUUGAGUACUAUGAGUCAGCAAACAAUUUGAAUAUAUCAGGGAAUCAAAAUAUUUCUGCUCGUGGCUGGCAAGCAUGUUCACGCAUGAUAAAGAAGACUCAAUGCCUUGAACAUCUUGAGGCCAGCAAUAUGACUCUAAACGAGCAGAUAAUGCCCAUAAUAAGCCGUUCUCUAAGAAUAACUACACAUCUUCAAGUGCUUAAACUUGAAAAUUGUAAAUUGAGUGGUCGUCCUAUAAUUAUUUUAGUUGGUGCCUUGAAGCUCAACACUGGUCUCCGAGAAUUGUACAUAGCUGAUAAUGACUUGGGAGUCACGGAUGCCCUUCAACUAGCUGCGUUAUUGAGGUCGAACACCUGCCUCCAGCUGUUAGAUAUCAGCAAUAAUAAUAUACAAGAUGAUGGAGCUAGUCAUGUUGUAGACGGACUCAUUGAGCAGCCAUCGUCAGGGGGUGGGUUAAGCAUUUUGGUUCUGUGGAACAACAGGCUCACCCGCAGUUCCGCACCACACUUUGCCAGAGCACUUUCCAAUUGUAGGUCUUUGGAGAUGCUCAACAUUGGGCAUAAUGUUUUAACCAGUGACGUAGUGCAUUCCAUGAAAGAUUCCUUGCAACAAAAUAAAACUCUGCUGAGAUUAGGCAUGCAGUCUACACACUUAUCAUGUGAGGGUGCAAUUGCUUUGGCCGAAGUUAUUGAGGAUAAUAAAGUUAUUCAGAGAAUAGAUUUGCGAGACAACACAAUUUUAAUGGCUGGGCUCCUAGCUCUAGCCCUUUCCAUGAAAUCGAACCAAACUGUAACUCAGUUGGACCUUGACGAUGCUCCAAAGAGGCGACCUCCUGAUGUUACUUUGAAUGAUUAUCAGAAAUUGGUGAGUGAAAUUCGAGGUUACUGCUCCCGUAAUGAACAAAUCCCCAAACCUGAAGUUGAAGAAGAAGAAGAAGAAGUCAGUGAAGUAUCAGAUUCUGAGAAAUCCGAGCGACGUGUUCGUCUCACAUCUGUGAAUAGCCGCAAAAUUUCCCUCACAUGCCAAACGCUCCUGAGAUCUGUUGCUCAAGAUAAUUGUAACAUUAGCGGUGGUUUGCUUGCGGAGCCCCAGCGCAAUCGAACGCGUCUUCGAUCACCUGCUCCAUCGCCUGUUCCAUCUCCUGUGUCCAGUCCUAUGCCUUCACCUGCUCCCAGUCCAGGGCCAGCUCGGAAUCGAUUUAGGGUUUCCCAAGUUUCAGAAUCUGACUCACUCUCGCCCUCACCCAGUGCCUCCCCAUCCUCAUCACCGACCUGCUUCUUCCCUUCAUCAAGGUUUAAAGUGACUGUUGUUGAACCUCCAUCCCCCAUUGUGGCAUCGAACUCAGUGACCUUUGGGUUUGCCUGUAACCAACAGGACAGUCCAUCUAGUGACAGAGAGACUGUAACUCCUGAUACUGACAGUGAAGUUCGAAAUAUAAUGGCUCAUGCAAAUGCCACUGCUUUAGAGGGGUUGCAAGUUGAGAGCGAUUCAAGUCCUCAAGCUCAUGUAUCAUUGCAACAAAGCCCUCAGCGCCUACAACAGAAUUGUUCCCAAGCCCCUGGCCAGCCACAGUCCUCUGCUCAGCCACAACAACAAACAAGAUCACGGAAAAUAUCAUGGGUGCCUAUGACUCUAGCUUCAGUGACUUCAAGUUCCAAUGAUGAAAAUAAAGCUCCUUCCAGCUUGGAACGACUACUAGGUCUAUUUCAGAAUCCUGGUAUCUUGUUCAACAAAAAUCCAUCACCUCAGCCGACUCCAGCACAACAACCAAUGCCAAGAAGAUCACCUCAAUCGUCACCUCAGCAACAACGUGCGGCCCAGCCUGCUGAAAAUGGGUUGGGGAAUGUUCUGAAAAACACAGGUAGAGCUCAUCCAGCCCCUCUAGAGUGUGUCUCAAAUGAUAGAAGGCCUAUUGGAAGCGGGAGCAGUAGCUUGCGGCCAUUAGCUGUUAGUCAUAGUGGUGAUGCUGAUUCAGUUAAAGGAGGAAGAGAUGUUAUGAACAAUAAUGGGCAGUGUAGUCUUCAAGACGUUGACAAAUCUGUGCCACCAGUAGAGGAGACUGUUGUGGUACAAAAAGAUGAAAAUCUUAAUAUCCAUCAAGCGGAGGCCUGUGGUGGUGGUGGUGUUGGCGGAAGUGGUGAUGAUGCAGCAUUGUCUGAUGCUGUGUCUGUGUCUUCUGCAAGCAUGACUUCCUCGACUGUUGUUGACUCUGACCAUUCAUCCAGCACAAAUCUGGAUGACCAUACAUCCAGCACAACUCUGGAUAGACCUUUGAUUACUGUCCAAAGGAGCCAUGAGACUCAAAAGUCACCUCCAGUAUGUUCUACCUUGGAUGACUCCCAUUGAGAAAAUUGAAAUUGACAGCCGUCAAUUUGUGCUACCUAGAUAUGGUGUUUGCUUUGCAACCUGUAAAAAAAGUAAAACAACAAAAUUCCUGAACUGAAGGUAAACGCUAAAACGAAAAUUGUCUGUUUUACUCAUAGUCUUUGACCACGAGGACUUAAUGUUUUAACAUUAUCCAGUUGCACAAAAUAAUCUCGUUACAUACAUAUUUAUCAACUUGUACCUCUUUUCUUUUACAUUUUCCUUCUGGUAGGGGAUGGAGAUUAUUUGCCAAUACCUGUGUUGGUUUUCUUUCUUUCUUUUGUUUCUUUUUUUUUCUUUUUGAGAAAGAUGAGAUACAAUCUAUUGUGGAAUGACUGCCCUUUCACAAAUUCUUAUGCAGUAUUUUAUUGCUGGAAAAUAUGGCUAUAGAGUAGCUCUUUUCUCUGUGUAUGUUCUGAUGGUACAAAUAUAUGCUAAGAUGAAGUUCUUGUUAGAGAUAAGAGAGAAAUACAUUACUGUAGUUCAGCAAUGAAUUCCUGUUUUCAGUGAAAGUUACCUUAAAUGUUAUGGUUUAAUUAAAUGGGUAUUUGUUUCCAUUUAACUACCAACUUAUUUUAGGAAAAUAAAAUGUAUAUUUUAAUGUUGGCACGAAAGAAUUAUGUUUGUGAGAAUAGUUAUGUGUGUUGAUCAUACAGCUGUGUUUAUUUUCGUAGGUGGUAUUCAUUUGUGGAUCUAAUGUGAGUGUAACCCUGUAAUUGCCUGUUUUGAGUUUUGCGCAUCUGUGUUAUUUUGAUCAUUUUCUUGAUCAAUUGCAGCUUUGAAUGGAAUACAUUAUAUUUUUAAUACAUGAAAGAACAAAGAAUAUCUAUUAGAGGAGUAAAGGCUGAUGAGUUUCAGUGGUAUUAAGAAAACUGUGAAGCAGUGAUGUAAGUCAUGUUAAAGGCUUUUUUCAAGCCUUGGUAUCAGGUGUUUCUUUGUGCAGAUUUCUGCACUCAGGUAUUUGUUUUUAGUACUCAAAAUAUAUGAAAAUGAUAAUACGUUUAAAAAAAAAAUAUUCAAAUUUAGAAUCCUUUAACAUUUUGAAUUUUAACUUGCUGCCUCAGCUACCAGAAUGAGACGGGUACCUAGUAUUAUUUCAAGGGAAGUCCCUUAUCGAUUGAGUCCUUAAGUGUCCUCCCCAUUUUGUCAGUGUUAAGAUGUCUUGUGUGAAAUGGAAGUAGUGUUUAGUCAUUCAAUUUUGAAGCAUGUGAUGUUGCAUUUCUGAGUAUCGAACCCUCUUUUUAUUGAUUACUUUAACAUUGUAAAAUUCCAAAAGAAUAAGCCAGAUGUGAAUCAAUUUAAAAUUUUGUGGGGUAGUUUUUACUUUCUUUUUUAAAUCAGAAAAUUAGUGUCUAGUCUGUAGCUUGCAGUCCUUGGUACUUACCAAUGGUUUAUUCAGCAUAAUGUAAGCGCUGUCUGUGAUGUAUGUAGCACAAUAUCCUUGUGCUUAUAGUCAUUCUUACAGCUGUUCAUUUGGCCACCGAAAAACUUCUCUUUUUGUGUAUAUUUAUUUGGACUUAGUUUGGUUAUGAAUGCAUGGAGGCCUGUUACCAGAUUUUUUGUGUGUAAAGGGAAGCAUAUCUUCAGUGCCUUCAAAAAUUGAACCCCUGUUAAGGGAGUUAAGUACUUCUGAUUAUGUUUCUUUUUCUUUUAAAACUUCUACAGUGGCUAUAUUUUUAUCAAGUCCCUAAGAAUGAUUCUGAUCUUUCAAUUAUAAAUACUGAGCACAAACUUCAAACCAUUUCAUGAACUUUAAGUACCUGGAUCUUUCAACACUUUCUUCCUUUAAUACUGUUUCUGUGGCAUGAGAUUAUAAAGCAGACCUGCCCCUCUUGUUUUCACCUUUUCAUCCUCCUUGAAGUAGUGUCGAACAUGUGCUUGGUGGAUUAUGUUCGGUGGAUUAUGCUCGGUGUAUUGUGUUGUUGCAUUGAAUUAUGUUCAUGGCAGGAUAUGUUCUUUUGAAUAGAAUUGUGUUUUGUUGUCUGUUGGCUUGAAAGUAUGGUUUGUCUGGAUGUGUACAGUGAGAAUUGUGAUAGUUUACUCUCCUUCAUCCUCUAGUUAAUCAUAUGAAAAGAUUAAUGUGAAACCUCCUGAUAUCCUCAAUUUAUAAAGUUAACACAGUUGGAGUGUGGUUGACCGUUGUACAUAAUUAAUUAGAGGUCAUUUUAAACCGUACUGCAUUGAAAUUAGAAAAUCAUAGGUAUGCCAGGGGGUUUGUUUAUUUUUUAAUAAAGUAACACUUGAGUGUCAUGCAUAUAUCUAUGACAUUGGAGCAGUUUUCCUCCAUCUAUUAAUUUAGCUUUAUGCUCUUAGAGAAAGGGGUUAUAUUGAAAAUGGUUUGUGUUGAGCACAAAUGAAUCUUCUGAGUACUGUUACUCUUCAAAUUUUUAUGCUAAGGUAAAACUUCUGCUCUGUUGUGAGUGAAAUUAUUAUGUAAUAAUUCCUAUUUUCCUAUUACAAUUUUAAUUGACUGUUAACUGUGGGAAACUUAAAGUGGACCCUCGCAUCCACUUGAGCAAAUGAACCUAAGAUAAUCUGGUAAUGUUUUAUGUUGUGGACAUGCUUUUCGCUGUGUUCGCUAUUUGGAUACCCAGUGACUAUCAUAAAAAAAUGUUCCAAUUUCGAAAGUUUUGUUGAAGAAGGAAGCCAUUGGUAACAUAUUUGACAUGUCCUCCUGAUUUUUACAGUUUAUUCCUGUGUAUUUGUUUACUGAUAGACAUAAAAGAUUGGUUGAAUGGAUGAGUGCGCAUCUUCAAAUAAGAUGGACUUUGUUUUAAAACCCUUGGAAAAUCUCCAUAUUGAAUGAAUGUGGCUCACAGGUAUUGUUGCCAAUGCUGUACGCAAAGAAACACAGGUCUACCUAGGAGCUCGUGGAUGUAAGGAACUGUUAUUGAGUCCUAAACUUUCUCAUUGAGUUAGCUUUAUUUUUUCAGGUGUUAACUUGCUAAUUUAGCACAUGUGCCUGUUGAUAAAAUAAUAUUCCAUGUUCCUGGGUUAAUAUUUAUCAGUAUGGUUAGAUUUAAGUAAUCAUGGUCAUUAUAGCAAUGAUGUCUUUACAGAGCUUCAUUUGUUUGCUUAUUUCUUCAGCGCUGCUUCAUUUCUUACUGAUGAUAAUUUGUAUCAUGGGUUCCUGUCAAUAUCAUCUGCUUCUUUAAAAUCAAAAAAUUCAAAGCUUUAUUUCUUUCUGAUAAGAUUAUUCUUUCCUGGUUUGACUUUACAUAAGUGAAAAUUAUUUCGUGUUUGUUUAGCUUUAUGGGAUUGCUUGUCACUUAUUCACCCAUUUCGUCUUUUUUAUUUAAAGGACUGUUUGUCAGCAGAAUCCUGCCUGUAACAGAGCAACCUCAUAUUGAAAUUUUAUCAUUUUCUAGGACCCUUUUUAAAUUUCUUAUCUUUAUUGUUUAAAGGCAUAUGUUAUAAUCACAAAUUUAAUCUGCCUCCAAUUGUGAAUGAUAUUUAGGAGGCCAAAUAUUCAUAUCACUUGUUUAUGUUUACAGUCAAGACUGCAAAACUCUGAUGCACCUAUAUAACUGCAAUUUAAGUCCUUGCCUCUUCUCUCCCUCAUGAGUUGCUUGGGGUUCCUCUGUUUCUUAAUUUUAAUAUGUACUUUGACAAGUGUGAUACUUGAUUUUUCUUCUCAUGGGGUAUAUUCGUUAUCAUUAGCUUCUGACUAGUUGAAUGGCAAACACUUAUGCUUCACAGCCAUUGCAGAUUAUUUCUUUCGUUGGUUUUCACUUGAAGCAUUUUGUUCAGAAGUAGAUAGAUGUACUAUGAUGACCUGCUGAAGCCAAUGUGUUAGACUGGUAUAUGAACUCUCCUUAUUUUGCUUUUCCUGAAAGGACCAAUCUUAUUUUAAAAACUUUGCAUGAAUGGAAAAAAAAAUCUUUGACUAUGAAGACAACAAUUAAUGGGAUCAAAGAUGGUGUUGUCCUCUCAACCCCUUCCUUACUUUGUUUUCAUUCUCUCAAGAUAUGAAUCACAAUGUGCAAACCUGAUAACAAUGCCAAUCUCAUUUGAGUGUAGUUCAGGCAUUGAUCAACUAAGGUGUAUAGUGUUUCCUUCUACAUAUGAUACUGAAAUUUGAAAUGUGUAGUACGUAAUAAAUGCAUAAUUUGUGUUACAAA